AUGUAUUUUAAGCUCAACACACUCUUACUCCUUCUUGCCAUUUUAUUUGAAACUAUUAUUACUUCUUCCGCCAGAAGAUCAAAUCUUCAUGUCCAACAUCAUGGCAAGGCUACGUGGUUUUACCCCGGAGUGGGCGCUUGCGGAGUAUCUAACACAAGCAAUGAUUUGGUUGUUUCAAUCCCAGCUAAAAUAUUCGACAAAUUUACACCGCAUAAGAAUCCAAACGAAAACACGCUCUGUGGAAAACAAGUCAGCAUUGAACACGAAGGAAUAGUCAUAUAUGCUGUUAUUGCAGACAGAUGCUCAGGAUGCAGCAAGAACAAUAUCGAUUUGAGCCUAAGUGCGUUUGCUCUGCUAGAUGACCCCAAUAAGGGAGUAAUAUCGGUUACUUGGAAAAUCUUAAAUUGA